CACCACAAUCAUCAUUCUGAGAUCGAACGUGCUGUCUGCGCAAUAGACGAGAGAUGUUUUCUGAUGCUGAGCGCCAAAUCAUUAUGGACGCGGAAGAGGCCGCGAUGAGAGCAGUGCAAGACAUGAGAUAUCGGGAUAGAGGUAGGGCCGAUCGAGAGAUGCAGAUGGCUGAUCACGACUCUGAAGACGAUGAAGAGGAACGGCCUCCGCGGAGACAAGCAGCUGCCUCAGGUCCAGGUGAUGUGCAGGAGAAGUUUUUCAAGCGUCUUUUUCCAGGUCAACUUCGAACAGUUCGUGAUCAAAGUGAAAUGGUCGCUACAGCUUGGAACGAUCUGAAGCAGCCUCGUCGCCGUCCUGCACGAUUCAAUGAUUAUUCUGAUUCCGAUGAAGAUUACUAUGGCGAGGAAUUUAACUCCGACGACGAAGAAGAAGCAGAGCAUGAGCGUCCCGACGGUGUCUUGCUACGGUACCACUACGGCUGCUGGUGGGACUACCCCCCCGCGCUCGCGAAGCACAUCUACGAUAGUUUCCAGGAACAUCCCCGGAUCUACGAGCGCUGGGAUCGGAACCGCGUGGAUCCGAACGGCCUGGCGCUGCGGCUGGGGGUGACGAUCAUGACGGAGCCGAUGAUUUCCUGGGUUAUGCGGUACGAGCGCGAGAGGAGUGAAGUCGCGAGGCGGAAGCUGUAUCCGAGCGCGGAUAUCUACGCGAAGUACAUCGAGACCGUAUCAGCCGAGGCGGCGAGGAUGCGGGCGACUACGCCGGACAGGCUGCUGAAAGUGGAGUCUGAUUAUCCGGACGAGGUGUUGUGCGAUCCUUUGAUCAAGAUCAGUGAUGUGAAGGCCGCGGUCCGGGUCGAGAGGAAGAGUCAGGUGAGGUCGGCGAUGGCUGAGAUGCUUAGUAUAUUUGCGCGGAGGCCGAAUAGGAAGGAGGCGCGGCAUAGAGGGAUCUGGUGGAACGAUCUGAUCGACGUGAACCUGAGCACGGACGACGUGUACGGAGAAUUCGAGGAUUUUGAGCAGGACGAGGCGUACGCGUGGCCAAGAUAUCCGGAGGAAGUCAAGCAAGCGUUCGGCGAGCCAGUCGAGGCGUUCUACGAGCGACUUUUGAAAGUCGCGCGGUUGUUUCGGAUCGAAGAGCCGAGGAUCACCGAGGCGUUUUUUCACGGCCUGCGGAAGUUUAUCAGGAGUAGGCUGGAGCGGUUUCAUGAGUCGAAUAUGAAUACGGAUGGGCAUCUGCUGCGGCUGUUUAUGGCGGCACGGCAGUUGGAGGUGCAUGUGUAUCAGUCGAAUUUGAUGAAGCGGAUGGAGGAGAUAAAUGAGCGGGAGGAGGAGAGGGAGUGGGAGGAGGAGUUUGAGUAGGCUCAUGAAUGAAUAGACAGGGUUGAGCAAUGGGAUGAAUGAGCGGAUGAAAGAUGUGGAGGAGUUUAGUAAAGGCGCAGGGAAUUGAUAGCAACGAAUAUAUACACAUAAG